CCAUUUUGUGCUUAUCAGUGAAAGGAAGCUGUUGGGUUAGCAAGAAACAGUGGGUAAACAAAGAAGUGUGAAGUGAAGGAAAUGGAGCUUCAAGACUCACUGACCACGAACAAGCUCUUAAAUGUUCUAUCUCAUCUUCCAGCGAAGACUUUGCUUGGUUUCAAGUGUGUUUCUAAGGAAUACUGUCAAUCUAUUUCUACUGAUCGCCUGUUCAUUAAAGCUCAGAUAGAGAAGACGGAGUUGGCCCUAUCAGGUUUCAUUUUUCAGGAGAAGAUGUGGACUGAUGAAGAUCUGAAAGGCCAAAGUUAUAUAAACAUUCACAUUUUCGAUCAUCGUCAUGAUAAUCACAACAGAAGACCAAAAUCUGUAGUUCACCGCAAUGUCUUUAGUUUCCUUCCUGAAGAUGUUGUUGUGUUGUCUUCAUGCAACGGUCUUAUAUGUUGUCGUAGUUGUGGCUUCAUGACUUGUCCUACGAAAACAACUUUUUACAUUUGCAACCCAACGAACAAACAAUGGAUUCCUCUGGAUUGUCCUGAUUUUGACAGGUUUGGAAGUUUUGCGUUGGCUUUUGACCCUUACAAAGACCACGUAGACAUCUCUACCAAAUUCAAAUUGGUAAGAGUCAAGCAAGAUGCAGUUGAGAGUGAUGAAGAUGAGAUACAGUUCCAUACAUACUUUGAAAUAUAUUCGUCAGAAACAAAAUCAUGGAAAAGAUCAAAAGCAAACUGCCUUUAUAAUCACGAGGUAACGGAGAAUGUCCCAGGAAUUUACAUUGAGGGUGUCUUAUAUUGGCAGGCUGAUAUUGGUGACUUCCUUACUUUUGAUGAUGUUCUCACUUUCGAUGUUGAUAAGGAGUCCUCUUUAGUAAUUUCACCACCAACUUCAUUCCCAGAAUUCAAAGUCACAUGUAUUGGAGAAUGGAAGGGGAUUCUUCACUAUGUCAUGAUAACAAAACAAGGUCUUCAUGUGUGGUUUCUUGAAGACUAUGAUGAAGCUAAAUGGGGACAGAAGGCUUGGAAGUCCUUGGAAGAGGUUGGGUGUGGAAAUUCCGAGUUUAGUGACAAUUUGAAGAAACUCGUUUUGCAAGGUGUAAGCUGGUGGAUAGGGCUUUUAUGCUUCAAAGAUGGGGUGCUAAUGAUAAUGCUGCAAGAUGAAGUCUACUUUUACUACAUUGAAAAAAACAUUGUGUUGAAAGCUUGCAGUCAUGUAGAUGUGAGUUCUAAGCAGUUGCCUUGUUUAGUGUUUCCUUAUUCCAUGAGUUUGGUGUCUUUAAAAUAAUCGUGGGUGGUUUUCUUCCUUUCUCUUUUGCUAAGUGGUGUAGCAAAUAUAGAGUUAUAUAACAUGUUAGAGUUCUAAGGGUAUGAAAAGUGUCUCCCUUCACCUAUAGUUUUGGCCUAUUAUAGACUAUUAUGGACUAUUUUGGUUGAAACGCCUCUCAAUAUUUGUCAUGAUUAUACAGAAGU